UGUAUCUCACAUAUGUGCAUAGACUUUAUUCGAUUAUUCGUAUAGUGAAUUUUCUAUACAUGUGUACAGUUUUAGCAGCAGCAUCGGAUUGGGAGCGCGUUGUUUACAUCCCGCCGAUUUUUCGGCGGCGACAGUCCAUACCUAUACCCUAUGAGAGCGCGGUGCGCCUUUCCCGUUUUUGUGGUUGUUUGAAAAUACGAGCAGAAGCACGCCGGCAACAGGAGUUUAGGAAACCGGUGCAAAGCGUUUUAAAUCUCUCUAGUGCGAGGAGGACGCCGAGGAAGUGAAAAAAAAAACGAAAAAAAAAAACGUGAUCGUCGAUGCUGCGCGCCUCGGAAGCUGCACCGGGCCGUUGUUUAUCGUUGAAUAAAAGUGGUGCCGGUUAACUAUAUAAUUUCAAAGAGAGUCCCCGUAACAAUCGUCAAGUCAUGUCCGAUGUCGGAGCACCGCUGGAUGCCGGUGUCGACUGGGUGGAAGAACUACAGAACAAAGUGUUCGAGGAGUGCCUAGCGAUGUUGUCCCAGCAGAUGAACUCGAGGAGCACCGACCUGUCAUACUCGGACGACGGCUCGUCGUCGUCGUCUAUCUCGGAGCUGUGCGACCGCAAGACCGCACCGAUUUCCGUCAUCAUUGCGUGCAUCCAUCGAAAUUUUGCUUACAUGCCGCAUUUUCGUUUCAUAUUUUUAAGCAAAAGCCAGGGAAAUGAAUUCCUGGAGGAGCUGAGGCGGUCGCUGCAGGAUAACGUGCGCGACUGCAAGCGCGUCGGCUGGAGAGACUUCAGGGAUUCGUCCAAGCACUGGUUUUUGGAUCUCGUUAAUGCGGUACGACAGAACAACAAUAACAAUAACAACAACUGCAACAACGAUGUUUGCUCAACAAAAUGCAGCGACGCCCCAACGUCGACGGAAGAUGCCUCGGAACGGGGGGACACAGCCGAGUACUGCUACAGCACGGAUGCCGCCGACGACGAGCACCAGCCCGACAAUUUGGCCACCUGUUACAGCUGUAAUAGCAGCAGUAUGGGACUUGGCACGAUGGAUAGCAUGAUCGAGUAUUCGGACGAUACCGAUCAGCCGAUCGACAAUAUAAGCGUCGAUCUUCAGAUCCGAAUGCGGCGUUACAACGAGGAAACGGCGAGCCUGAAGGCUGAACUGUUGCGAGUGGAAGAGAUCGUUUCAAAUUUGGAGAUCGACCUCAGAACGAAACAAGUCAAUUUAGAAAAAAUUUCAACCAAAUACACAAAAGUACAAAAGGAGCUGGAGGAGCACAAAGAUCUGCUAGCAAAGUCGGAGAAACGCGAGGAAUCGUGUAGGCAGGAAGUGCGAGCGCUACAAGCAAAAUGCAAUUCAUUGCAGAAAAAAGUCACCGAGUUUGAGAAUGAGAAAGUUAACGUCGCAAAUUUGAAUGCGAGGAUACAGGAGCUAAGUAAACUCAAUUCGGAAUAUGCGAAACAGCUUGCAGAAUAUAAAAUUGAGUGCAAAGAAAAACAAAUGGAGUACGAGUACUUGCAAGAAACGUACAAUGAACUGCGAAACAAUUUUUCUCAAUUAGAAAAGUCUCACGAGCAAAUUGUCAAGGAAUAUUCCGACAAAAUUGAAGAACUUACAAAUGCAAACAACGAACUGCAGUUUAAAUCAAAUAAAUCUUGCGAUAGUUUUAGUAGUCAGCUGUCCUUAACUCCACCAUCUUACGCUGCUAGUUAUCCUAAUGUACACAGCACACCGUACAAUAAGAAGAAAUUAUCGUGUCAAGAUUCUCUGUACACCGAAUUAAAAGCUUCCGGCUUUAAUAUCGAAGAAGAAAAAAUUCUUCAGCUCAAAGAGGAACUUUCUUUUUACAAUGAAGAGAUCGCACUUAUAUCUGAACAAAUAGAAGAGGCAUUACAGAAUUUAGCCGCUUCGAGGAACGAAAUCUGCCCACCCAGUAUCCAGCUGGUAGAAACGAAUGGCAUUCAAAGUUUGAAGCACAAAAUCACAACGCUACUAAACUUGAUGAGGAGCUGUCCCGCUGCGAAAGAGCUACCGUCAUCAGUGCCGCUAAUGGGGGAGGCGUCCCGAGAGAAACCCGACGUUCUGCCGAAGAAGGGCGGCUACGUGUUCAGCGAUCGAGAUAUCGCGACGGACAAGGGAGAAAACGACCUGAUAGCGACGGUGCCGCCCACAAUACUCGUAAACGGUUACCAUCCCAGCAGAGCGAUUUUCCCUUCGUUCCCCGAAAUCUCUGGAGUCGCGAGACUCGAUACGACGGAGGAGAAGGAAAACGAAGAGCCCGAGAUCAUCAUACCGAUCAACGAGGCGCUCAAGAGGAUCACCGCUCUAAACGACGGUUACCCCGACCCGGACAGCUUUACCACCCCCAAGCUUAAAUCGAUAUUCACGAGCACGAACAAACCCAAUUGGCUGUCUCGGAUCGCGGAACCAAAGCCAACACGAGCCAAGGGCGAUGCGACAUAUUGCUUGAAGCCCAAACAGUCCACCGAUCCGCAGUCCAAGUGUACCAGCAACAACAUGAAGACCCUGAAAACCGACACAACCAGCAAGGACUUUGAGACGUCAACUCCGAGCUCCACGGGACCGAUCCCUGCACAGCUCGACACGCGCUACGUCACGAUGACUCGGCCCAGCGUCAGGACCUACCUCAUGGACAAGUCAGCGCUGCAACAGCAACAGUCCCCCUUCGGCCAGACGCGCUCGGAGAUCCCGUACUGCCGUACCCCAUGCGCUUCGAGCCCCCAGCGCAAGCUCUCGGUCUACCACCGCUCCUUCGACGUCGACAGCCUGCAGACGCCGUCGGACAAGGUGACGCAGGUGCAACCCGUCCAUGGCAACGGGAGCGAAAAGAAGCGCUCGGUCAGCACGCCUGACGCCCAAGAGGCCGAGUCCCUGCUCGCGAAACAGUCGUCCUCCCCGAGAGCCAAGUGCCACCUGAUGAACUACCGCGUCUCGGCGAACUUCAGUGCCGAACUGUCCGCCAGCUCGUCGUCGAAUAACGACGAUUCGUCGAUCAAGGACGCCGAAGACGGCGCGUUUGUCGCGAGGGACGAGAAGGAGGUUGUCAGGCCGAUCAUCGCGCCGACCAAGUUCAAGGUGCCCGAGGUCAAUCAGACGACAGUGUCGUACAGGGAGCUCGAGUUCACGCCGAUGGUCGGAAAGGGCAUUCUGUCGAAGCAGGCUGUCGAGCACUCGAGGAUCCUUGGCUCGUCCGCGGGUUUGGCUGGCGAAGGGGACAGCAAGACCGAGGACGAGGUGCCCACGAUCUCCUUGGACACCAGUACCCUCGAGAGCUUCAAGUUGGGGCUCGAGGGUGCGGAGGGCGCUAACAACAGCAGUGCCGUCGGGGACCAAAGCCACUCCGGUGACCAAGCAAACGUGAAAAGAGUAGGUGCCGAUGACGACAAGACGACGACGAGCAUCGGUGCAGCCAGUACGCCUGUCGAGCCUGUUCGCGAGGAUUGCAAGAACAGCGGCGCCGCCAUGAGCGACGGAGUGCCGACUGCGGUGAUGAGUAUGAAAGUAGCGCCGGCAGUCGGGCGCGCGAUGUCCAGUGGCGAGGAUAGCUCGGCCGAGAGCGAGUGUGAUGCGCGCAAGAACGCCGUUGUUGCUGCAGGAGCUGUGCCCGAGUCAUCGGAAUCUGUGAAGCAGCCGGAGAUCGAUACUGUGUGGGAAGAGGAGGCGAAGCCGGACAAUACGAGGAGCGAGGACGACGUGGAUCCUGGCCCUGGAGAGGACAAGGCCAAGGUGGGGUGUCAGGGGGCGUCUUCAACUAUGAAUGGCGAGGACAGGGAGAAUAGUAGAUACAGCACAGAAACAGCGGUAAAUUCAUCAUCUCCGGACGUGGUUAAGGGAGACGAGAGUCCAAAGGCUUUUCCGAGCUGGACGGAUGAGAAGCUCCAAGAAUCCGGCAUCGCGAGCUUUCCCGACGUCGACUCGGAAUUGAGUGAAAACUUGAACGAAGAACAAUUAAAGAAGAAGUGUACGAUCUUUUCGAUCGGAUUGAGCGCCGACAGAAUGACACUUUCCAAGCGACUGGAGUUGGCCGUUCGUCACCGCGACCAGGCCGAGCUGAACUUCAACAACGAGGUCAACAAAAUGCAGCUCAACAUUAUGGAGUUGGCGCCGUUGUGCGUAGACAGCGAGUCCCUAGAGAGGGUCGAACGAGUGAGGACGCAGCUCGAGAUGGUAUCCCGUUGCACCCGUUGGAUAUCGAGCAGUGCCGAGACACUUGGCGCCGUCCGACAGGAGAGACGCGUCUCGCGUGCCGUACUCUUGGCCGACAGAUACCUACAGACCCUGCGCUCAAAGUGCGAGAAACUCGCUGGCGAGCUCGCCGAAACAAAGAGAAUCCUCGCGGAAAACAAUAUCGUGAUCGAAGAGAACCUCAGCGAGCUGGGCGACGACGUGCCGCGCGUCCGUUAUCGCGCCGUGCCCAACAAUAAUCGUACGAUGAUGGCUAGAAGGAGAGCUAGCAUAGCGACGAUAUCGCGGCCGCUGUUGGGCAGCAACCAAGACAUAUCAAAGGAGGUGCCAAGACAAAGAAACUCCGUAUCUGGGAGAGCGCCAGGAGUGCGAAGACCUUCAUUAUGCUUCGAAGCUCCGAAAUGGGAAAAUGAAAAAUUGGAUCGCACCGAUAGUUCCAAUAGUACGACAGAAUUACAAGAAAUUUUCGAGCAGGCAGAAUCUAGGCGACAGUCGCGAGAAGAAAAUCACAAUUUGUUACGGACUUCUGUCAAUAAUCUGGCGUUAACCACCAGUGAACACGUAGAUGAACGAGAGGAGGAAGUUUGGUCUAAUCCGCACGAAGAAUUUGUUUCUUAUUUAGUAAAUAACGAAAUUUAUUCUAAUGAAUCCAGGCAACAGCAUCCUUUAAUCUGUUGGUUGCUGGCCCAAUAUGUAACCUGGAAGCCAACGAUCUGGAGCAUCAUGAUAGCUUUUAUUUUUGGAGUCUUCGUCACUCGCGUCGUCUCAUCGAGCGACCGCCACGGGCCUCCGAUAUCUUGGUGGUCGCUGGAAGAGAUUCUCAGUCAGUAUAUUCACGUGGAAAAUGUGGGGCCGCGGCCUCUAUGAAUUUCAGUUUUCUGCGACGAUCAUCGACCUUAUAUAAUUUAUUUAUUUUUUUUUUUUUUUUGGAAGCGAUAGCUUUUUGAUUUCAUAGAAAGUAUUUGAUGCCUUAAAAUUCAUUAUUUAGUUAUUAGUUUAUUGCGGUAUCCUCUUAUUUUUUAUAGAAAUAAUUUUAUUUCGUAGUAGUACUUUAUUUUUCUUUGUACCUGUGUAUUUGUAUCUAUGUAUGUUUAUUUGUCGUGUUACUACAAACUAUGUGUAACUUAUAAGUGAGCGAAAGAUCUCGAGCUAUAAAGUAUAUAAUGUACACAAUGUAAAAAAGAAAAGAAGCGUAUAGUUAAAUGAGACGCGAGAGGUAUGUGUAAAUGUGCGUGCAUAUGAAGAGCGUCUCUUUGAUGAGAGAGACGUUCAUUAUUAUUUAUCUUUUAAAGAAACAACUCUUUGACGUCUUCCAAGUACCUUUUUGUAAAGAAGGGACAUCCAUGUAAAUGGCUGCCUAUGGCGUUAGGUGGUUUUUCGUACUUUAGUUGAACACGAAACAGUUCCAAGCCAGUCAACUUGUAAAUAGAUUUGUGUAAGUACACGAUCUGCGCGAAUUUUGAGUAAAAUAAUCUACCAUUAUAAGUUUUUUUUCGUUCAAACUAGAUGAAUUUUCACUCAUUCUAUUAUUGUAAAACCCAAUAAAAUUUCAACGAAUAAACAAACGUUUCUAUUUUCAAUACAA